GGGAGCGGAGCAGGUUAACCCCCUCGGCGCCUCCUCCAACCUUCCCUCUCCCAGCUUAGUCUCUGCCUUUGCUCGCGGAGACAAACAACAAGGAAAUAGCGGGCAGCGCCAGAACAAGGGGGAGAAUUUUUUUUUUAAUGACUUCACAAGGAAGAUCGGGUAGGCGCUGGGUAGGGGAGAGCCUCUGAGGGACCCCUCCAAGGCGGGGGGCCGAGACAACAGCCUCCCCCGGCCUAAUUGUAGUUACGCCCCUGGCCCCAAAGCUUGUUUGUCUUCGGAGCACCUGCGUUUGCGUGCCAGCGAGGAGCGGGAGGAGCAGCAGCAGCCCCUGUCGUCUUCGCCGGGAGCCGGCAGAGCUGGGCGGGUGGACGGUGCUCGCUCGCCUGCCUCCUCCUCCUCCUCGCUCAGCCCGCAGGGCAGAGGUCCAUCCCAGCAGCAGCCGCCCCGAGAAGGGAGCCGGGCUGGGUGGCUGGGGAGCCUCGCGCAGCGCGAGAGCGGACCGGCCCGAGAGGGGACUCUCGUCUUUUCCUCUGGAGCCUCAACAGCAGCAUUAGCAGGGAGAAGAUUCAUGAGGUGGGAUCUGGGAGUCAAACACUUUCACCCCUCAACAAGGAAAUCCUUUGAUUUUUUAAUAUUGUUGGAGGCUGCCUUGGAGCACGAAUGAAAGAUGGGGAAGGAAGACCCAGCUAGCUGCAGAGCAGAAGAAGGCCUUGAGGCCAGACAAGUGAGGAGCACUGGGGAAUUCUGGGAAAGGGCCAAGCAGAAGAGGCUGGUUGAGGACAUCAGGAACUCAGAGGCCCAGCACUUGCGUUUCAGGCAGAUCUGCUACCAGCAGGCCGAGGGGCCCCGAGAGGUUUGCAGCCGACUCCACAGCCUUUGCCAUCAGUGGCUGAAGCCAGGGAGACUCACAAAAGCUCAGAUUGGGGACCUGGUGACCCUGGAGCAGUUCUUGAGCAUCCUGCCCCCAGAGCUGGAGAGCUGGAUCAGAGAGUGUGGAGCAGAGACCAGUUCCCAGGCAGUGGCCCUGGCAGAAGGUUUCCUCCUGAGCCAGGCAGAGGACAAGAGGCAGGAAGAACAGCAGGUGCAAGGACUGUUGUCGGAAGCGGCCCCUGACUUCCCUGAGGCCGAGAAGGCUCCAUCAGGCACCAGGCCGAGGCCUCUGUCCAAGGAGAUCCCUAGGCAGGAGGGCAGCAGUGGGGCCACCUUGCUGGGUGCUGGAAUGACGCUGCCAAUGCAUUCUCAGCCCUCCCUUCUGCCUGCUGGGAUGGAAGAUGCUUCAAGCCCACCGAAGAAGGUGCAAGGACUGUUGUCGGAAGCGGCCCCUGACUUCCCUGAGGCCGAGAAGGCUCCAUCAAGCACCAGGCCGAGGCCUCUGUCCAAGGAGAUCCCCAGGCAGGAGGGCAGCAGUGGGGUCACCUUGCUGGGUGCUGGAAUGACGCUGCCAAUGCAUUCUCAGCCCUCACUUCUGCCUGGUGGGAUGGAAGAUGCUUCAAGCCCACUUAAGAAGGGCCAGGUGAGCUUUGAGGAGGUGGCUGUGCUUUUCACGGAAGAGGAGUGGGCUCUGCUGGAUCUGGACCAGAGAACCCUGUACAGGGAAGUCAUGCAGGAGAAUAGGAGGAAUGUGGCCUCUCUGGCAGACAACAGUGGGGAGAGGAAUACGGAGAGAAUUUGCAGUGGAGGAUUGUCGGUUGAUGUCAGCAGUAAAAAUAGAUGGAAACAGAGAAUGAACACUGAAGCAAAAGAGAAGAAAAUGAAUGGAUCUUCUGUUUCUCAUCAUGGAGAAAUCCAUGACCCAAAUUUUCAACCUCAGUGGGAAAUGCACAUAGGAGAGAAACCAUAUAAAUACUUGAAGUGUAGAAAGAGCUUCAUUGAGAGCAGAACAUUUACUAUACAUCAAAGAACCCAUACUAGAAAGAAACAGUAUAAAUGCUUGGAGUAUUGGAAGAGCUUCAUUUGGAGCAAAAAACAUACUAGCCAUCAAAGGACCAAAACUGGAAAGAAAACAUAUACCUGUUUGGAGUGUCAAAGGAGUUUCAGCCAAAGUGGAAACCUCACUUCCCAUCAGAGAACCCAUACAAGGGAGAAAACCUAUAAAUGCUUGGAGUGUAGAAAGAGCUUCAGUGAGAGUGGAAGUCUUACUAGGCAUCAAAGAACCCAUACUGGAGAGAAGCCAUAUAAAUGCUUGGAGUGUGGAAAGAGCUUCACUCAGAUUGGAAAUCUUACUAGGCAUCAAAGAAACCAUACUGGAGAGAAACCAUAUAAAUGCUUGGAGUGUGGAAAGAGCUUCAGUCGGAGCGGAAGUCUUACUAGCCAUCAAAGAACCCAUACUGGAGAUAAACCAUAUAAAUGCUUGGAGUGUGGAAAGAGCUUCAGUGAGAGAGGAAAUCUUACUAGCCAUCAAAGAACCCAUACUGGAGAAAAACCAUAUAAAUGCUUGAAGUGUGGAAAGAGCUUCAGUGAGAGCGGAAGUCUUACUAGCCAUCAAACAACCCAUACUGGAGAGAAAACAUAUAAAUGCUUCAUAUGUGGAAAGAGCUUCAAUAAGAGCGGAAAUCUUACUAGCCAUCAAAGAACCCAUACUGGAGAGAAACCGUAUAAAUGCUUGGAGUGUGGAAAGAGCUUCAGUCGGAGUGGACAUCUUACUAGCCAUCAAAGAACCCAUACUGGAGAGAAACCAUAUAAAUGCUUGGAGUGUGGAAAGAGCUUCAGUGAGAGAGGACAUCUUACUAGCCAUCAAAGAACCCAUACUGGAGACAAGCCAUAUAAAUGCUUGGAGUGUGGAACGAGCUUCAGUAGGAGCGGAAGUCUUACCAGCCAUCAAAGAACCCAUACUGGAGAGAAAACAUAUAAAUGCUUCAUGUGUGGAAAGAGCUUCAAUAGGAGUGGAAGUCUUACUAGCCAUCAAAGAACCCAUACUGGAGAGAAACCAUAUAAAUGCUUGGAGUGUGGAAAGAGCUUCAGUGAGAGACGGCAUCUUACUAGCCAUCAAAGAACCCAUACUGGAGAAAAACCAUAUAAAUGCUUGGAGUGUGGAAAGAGCUUCAGUGAGAGAGGACAUCUUACUAGACAUCAAAGAACCCAUACUGGAGAAAAACCAUAUAAAUGUUUGGAGUGUGGAAAAAGCUUCAUCCAGAUUGGACAUCUUACUAGCCAUCAAAGAACCCAUACUGGAAAGAAGCCAUAUAAAUGCUUGGAGUGUGGAAAGAGCUUCAGAAGGAAAGACUAUCUUACUAGCCAUCAAAGAACCCAUACUGGAGAAAAAGCAUAUAAAUGCUCGGAGUGUGGAAAGAGCUUCAGUCAGAGCAGAGCACUUACUAGCCAUCAAAGAAUCCAUACUGGAGAGAAACCAUAUAAAUGCUUGGAGUGUGGAAAGAGCUUCAGUGAGAGCGGAAGUCUUACUAGCCAUCAAAGAACCCAUACUGGAGAGAAACCAUAUAAAUGCUUGGAGUGUGGAAAGAGCUUCAGUGAGAGCGGAAGUCUUACUAGCCAUCAAAGAACCCAUACUGGAGAGAAACCGUAUAAAUGCUUGGAGUGUGGAAAGAGCUUCAGUAUGAGCGGACAUCUUACUAGGCAUGAAAGAACCCAUACUGGAGAGAGGCCAUAUAAAUGCUUUGAGUGUGGAAAGAGCUUCAGUGAGAGUGGAAGUCUUACUAGCCAUCAUAGAAUCCAUACUGGAGAGAAGCCAUAUAAAUGCUUGGAGUGUGGAAAGAGCUUCAGUGAGAGUGGAAGUCUUACUAGCCAUCAAAGAACCCAUACUGGAGAGAAACCAUAUAAAUGCUUGCAGUGUGGGAAGAGCUUCAGUGAGAGCGGAAGUCUUACUAGCCAUCAAAGAAUCCAUACUGGAGAGAAACCAUAUAAAUGCUUGGAGUGUGGGAAGAGCUUCAGUAUGCGCGGAAGUUUUACUAGCCAUCAAGGAACCCAUACUGGAGAGAAGCCAUAUAAAUGACUGGACUGUGGAAAGAGCUUAAGUCAGAGCGGAAUACUUAUUAACCAUCAGGAUGCUUGAGGUACAACUGUUGAAUAGGGAUUAUCCUUGGCAUAUUAUUAAGAGAGCAAGACAACGUGCAGACAGUAUCACAAUAUCUAGAGAAGACAUUUAUUUCAGAUUAAAGAAAAGUCUACACAACGCAGGAUCACAUGGGGACUGAAUUAUUCUUCAUUAAGUAAUAAAGUUUAAAUAGUGGUUCUCAAAUAUUGGCCAUUGGUUAACAUUAUUCCAGGUUGUGAGGAACCACUGUUGAUUGGCUUUAGAAAAA